AUGAGCACUUUUUUCGAUGAGAUGAAGAAGUCGUUUGCGGACGUUCCUGUUGUGGACGGCAAGAUCGCGACGGCGGAUUUUCUGGAGGCGUCCGAGUCGCUCGUGAAGCUUUUUGAUCUGCUUGGAUCGUCGGCGUUUUCUGUGGUGCAGAACGACAUGACGGGCAACAUCCAGAAGGUGCGUGCCAAGCUGUUGGAGUCUCCUGACAAGACCGGAACUUUGCAGGACUUGAUCUUGUCCGAGGUGACCGACAAGAAGAAGACUGCCACUCAAGGUUUGUUGUGGCUGUGCAGGGGUCUGCAGUUCACAGCCGUGGCUAUGAGAGAGACCGUGUCUAGACCAAAAGACGAGUUGAACAAGACUUUCACGGACGCUUACGGCAAGACUUUGACCAAAUACCACACAAUGCUGAUCAGACCGAUCUUCAAGCUGGCAAUGAAGGCCUGUCCGUACAGAGCUGACUUCUUUGCGAAACUUGGUGCGGACCAAGAAAAAGUGGCCCAGCAGUUGGAGGAGUGGUUGAGCGCUUUGGAGAAGAUCGUGGCCGAGAUCAUGGCUUUCUUCGAGAAGGGCAACUAUGGAAAAGGUCUGUGA